AUGGGCGAAGACUACGAAAUCCUCGAGCUUAUAGGCCGAGGCUCGUUCGGUCAGAUUCAUAAGGUCCGGCGUAUUCGAGAUGGCUUGAUUCUCGCCCGAAAAGAAAUAUCGUACAACCGCAUGUCAGCUAAAGAAAAGGAGCAGCUAACCGCCGAAUUUUCGAUCCUGUCGAAGCUCCAGCACCCAAACAUUGUUCGGUAUUUCAAUCGAGAACACAACAAAACUGACCAGUCUCUCUACAUAUACAUGGAAUAUUGCGGGGGCGGUGACCUUUCGACUCACAUCAAGCGAUGUAAAUCCAACGGCACUCUGGUACCGGAACACGUAGUCUGGAGCAUCUUCACCCAGCUUGUUUUGGCGCUCUAUAAAUGUCAUCAUGGCUCUGACCCUCCGGCACUUGAGGAUAUGAACGAAGGUUGGGACAAAAAAAAGAAGGCAGGCUCGACAGUUACUACUUCAAUUCCCGCCGCCGGGAGUGCCAAAGCGAGCAGAGAAGUCAUUGUCCACCGUGAUCUCAAACCGGAAAAUGUAUUCUUGGACCACGACACUUGUGUCAAGCUAGGCGACUUUGGACUCUCUCGGAUACUAGCUUCUGACCAGCAUAUGGCAACCACUUACGUCGGAACCCCUUAUUACAUGUCCCCCGAGAUUGUCUGCGAUUUGCCGUACACAUCAAGGAGCGAUAUCUGGUCACUUGGCUGUGUGAUAUACGAACUCUGUGCACUUUCUCCCCCCUUCGAUGCUAAAAGCCUCCCCUCUCUGUGCCAAAAAAUACAAGCAGGGAGGUAUUCGCCAAUUCCAAGCUCCUAUAGUCCGGAGCUGCGGAGAGUAGUUGAUCUCUGUUUGAGAACAAACCCAUCUGACCGACCUGAUACAGCGAAACUACUCGAUUUACAGAUUAUUAGAACCAUAAGGAGGGAGCUUGAUGCUUUAGAGAUUAGCCGCUCGCUAAAAAUUCGAGAAGAUUCAUUGAGACGAAGGGAGAAGGAGCUAGAAGUCGCUGAAAAGAGCAUGAACAAAAUUCUCGAAGAUGCAGCAUCGCGAAUGAGGGCCGAGAUUGACGCAGAAUUACGCAAAGUUUGGGAUGAAAAAGCAGAGGAAGAGAUACGCAGAAGAGUGGAUUUGGAAGUUACGCGCCGGUGUGCAGAUCAUGAUACGGAUAUGAAGCGACAAUACCAUGAGGCUUUAGAAGCAAUGCGGGGCGAAUUCCGCUCAGUAUUUGAAAAGCAAGUUAAAGAGGAGGUCCAAAAGAGGGUUGCCGAUGAGUUGCUUUCCAGCAAAAUCAGCGUGCUCGAUGUUGCGGAACGAGAUGCGCGGAGCGGGAGCAUCCACAGCACCCAGCUAGGAUCCACAGGAAGCCCUCUAGAGGCGCUAGAGCCGGGCUCUCAGAUCGGCUGUUCACGUUCCUUAGGAGACCCACAAGCUACUCACCCUAAGCCGGAGGAUGUUUGUCCUGCGUCGCCAAUGGACAUAUCCGCAUCACCUGCCCCAGCCCUCGAUAGCGCCGCUCAUCGGCGAACUCAGCAGCAGUCUCCCACACGCAGGCGUAAUACGUCAGGAUCGCAAUCCGUAACGGGAGGCUCCAACACUGCCUUUCCAGAAACGGAGGAUGUAUACAGCGACGACGAUGAAGAGGAUGAACGAGAUGAGCCAAGCGCUCUACAGAACCCUCUCAGCCGUCCAAUUUUUGUAACGUCCAACACUACGCCGGCGGGUGUGUCCCGACAAGGGCUUUCCCGGGUUUACUCUGCCCCAAUAAACCAAAAUCCGCAGAUGCCAAACCCAGCCAAUCCAUCUACCCCGCCUAGAGGAAGGAGAACAAGCUCUGGGCAUGGGAUGCUUAAACCGAAUCCUGGGGCCGAGAAUAGACAGCUAUCGCCAACUAGACGCCUCUUCGCGAGCAACUUUGACGUGGUACCUGAGUCUAAGAAGAACAAUAUCGGGGCGAAGGCUGCCGCUAUGAACAAUGCUCGGGGCAAAAGUAUAGUAAUGCUGCAGAAAGAAAAAAAGGAAAAGGAGAAUAGCCACGACCCAGUUGCUGUGUGGGAUCCCGAAACGGAACCCGAUAUGCCAAGCCCCUUUAAAAAGAAUAAUUUAUACUGA